AUGGCCUAUUUCAGUUGCAACUUUCCGUCAUUGCUAUGUCCAUCUCUUUUCCUUAUUUUCUUCUUGUUUUGCCUCAAUAACCAAAACCAUUUCCUCUCUUUGUCCACUUUUUCUACUCACCACCAUGCUGGUAGUGGUGUUGCAAGAAUAGAAGAUAGCUUGGCAAGAGCUCGUGUAGCCAUAUAUAAUGCGGCAAGGACCAAUCGUACCUGUGCAUUUCAUAAACAUCACAGAUUCAUUCCUGCAGGAUCCGCUUAUAAAAAUCCUCACGCGUUUCAUCAGAGUUACUUAGAGAUGGAGAAACGGUUCAAAGUGUGGGUAUACAAGGAGGGAGAGCCACCAAUAUUCCACGCUGCACCUGGAACCAACAUCUACUCCAUCGACGGGCAGUUCAUCAGUGAACUGGAGAAUGGUGCCAUCAACAAUUCUACGAGCACUACAUUUACUUCGUUCCUAUCUCGCGAUCCUGAUGAGGCGGUGGUAUUCUUCAUUCCCAUUGGCAUAACCAACAUCGUUCAGUACCUCUUCGAGCCACGCGAUUACCAUUCGAUGAUGCGUCAGAUCCAAACUAUUGCUGUAGAUUAUGUUGGACUGAUAUCAAGCAAGUACUACUAUUGGAACAGGAGUAAUGGGGCUGACCAUUUCUAUCUCAGCUGCCAUGAUUGGGGGCCUUGGGUUUCGAAAUCCAAUCCGCUGUUCAGAAAUGUGAUUAGAGUGCUCUGCAAUGCCAACGUUAGUGAAGGUUUCAAACCUACUAGAGACGUCUCCUUACCAGAAAUCAAAAUCCCUUAUGAGGGGCUAGGGCCACCAGUCUUGGGGCAACCUGCUGAGCAACGAUCCAUCCUUGCAUUUUUUGCUGGUGGACAUCACGGUCAUGUAAGGGGAAGCCUAAUUCAAUACUGGAAAGACAAGGAUGCUGAUAUUCAAGUCUAUGAAUACCUCCCAGAAAAUGUAGAUUACUUCGAAUUUAUGGAGCGAUCCAAGUUCUGUUUAUGUCCCAGUGGCUAUGAAGUGGCAAGUCCUAGAAUAGUGGAAUCUAUUUCAUCAGGAUGCGUACCUGUGAUCAUUUCUGAUGGCUAUGUUCCACCUUUUAGCGAUGUUCUGGAUUGGAGCCAGUUUUCAGUGUCUGUUCCAGUUGCCAAGAUACCAGAACUCAAGUCUAUCUUGCAAGCGAUCCCCAUGGAUGAGUACUUGAAAAAGCAGAAGAUGGUCAUGCAAGUCCAACGCCAUUUUAUUCUUCAUCGACCUGCUCAGCCGUAUGAUUUAUUGCAUAUGGUUCUUCACUCUAUCUGGCUCAGGAGGCUUAAUGUGAGGCUACCACCAUAA